AUGGGUUCUAAUAUAUCUGGCACGUCAGCGGUAGCAGGAGAUCGUGGGAUGAUGUCGUUGAUAUGGCGAGAAAAGCGACCACCUACGGUCACCAUGGUCUCUGCUGUCUCCUGCUGUCUCGCAAAAGAAAAUACAGCGUUUUUUUCUGAGUGCGUAAUUCCACCUUUAGAAUGUCCUAAUAAAAAUGUUACGUUUUGGUUAUACACUCGGGCCAAUGUGAAUAAACCAGUUGAAUUAAAAAUAUCUGACCCAAAAUCUAUUACUUCAGCACCAUGGGUCAAAGAUGCUCCAAUAAAAAUAUUAAUACACGGAUAUACCGGGUACAGGGACUUUUCACCAAAUACGGAACUAAGGCCAGUAUACAUGGAUUGUUGCAAUUACAAUGUUAUAAGUGUUGAUUAUAACAAUUUAGUAUUAGAACCUUGCUAUAUGCAAGCAGCGAAGAAUACUGAAUUAACCGGAUUGUGUACGGCGCAGCUCAUUGACGAGUUGGUGCAGAAAUAUGGUUUCUCGCUUCCUGAUUUCCACGUCAUUGGAUUUAGCCUUGGGGGACAAACAGCCGGCUUCAUAGCUAACUAUUUAAAGUCAGGAAAACUUGACAGAAUAACAGCGCUAGAUCCAGCGCUACCUUUGUUCGCAACAGCGGAUGCAAGGGAAAAAGUUGAUUCCAGUGAUGCACAUUUUGUUGAUAUUUUACACACAAACGCCUUGCAGAAAGGAAAACUAGAGGAUAGUGGGCACGUUGAUUGCUAUGCAAAUGGUGGUGUGUUCCAACCUGGUUGUGUCGCAACAGAAAAUAAAACUAAAUCUUCUUGUGAGCAUGAUAGAGCUGUACAUUAUUAUGCUGAAUCAAUAACUACCACGAAAGGGUUCUACGCAACUAAGUGUCACUCCUGGAUGGCAUACAUUUUAGGCUGGUGUGAAAUGGUAAAUUCACAUGAAGAUAUUAUCUGUGGCGAGCACGCUCCAAGAGACGCAUCGGGUUCGUAUUUCUUUAAAACUAACUCCAAACCUCCAUAUGCUCUUGGUUCAAGAAAUAAUUUUAAAGGAAAAGAGUAA